ACGUUCGGGCUCCGUGUAGCUCGGGGCAGACGGGUUCCGGUGUAAAUCGGUAGAUUGUCUUUGUUUUGAAUUAGCAGGUACCCUGCACUGAAAUACAUUACAAGUGAGCGUAACUUACCUCAUCGCGGCCACUGAAACCGAAAUCGGUAGUAGAAACUCUGAAAUUAUUGGCUGCUUACCCCGCCCCCGAAGCGACGAGCUUGGAGGAGUCAGUGUGCAAAGUCUGUUGCGUGAUUGAUUGCGAGACUUCAGGUGCUCAAUUUUGGCAACGUGUGUUGUCAGGUAUGUGAAACGCUUCACUCUUGGAAGCGUUUUCGAAGGGUGGCCGCAGACAACUUCAGGGCGCAGCUACAAGGAGACAAUAGUCUCGUCAUUUCCACGGCGAAGAGGCGCAUGUCAAUGUCUGAGUUUGUGUUACAAAAGAACUUCUGAAUUUAGGUGUGCGGCCGCCGUGUUGCGUGCUGUGGGCGCCGACAGACCGUUGGAUGGCAAGACGGCGGCGGCGAGCCGCGCUGCACACCGAGCCGUAGGCUACCGCCGAGCCCACCAGGUGGCUGCAUGUCGACAGCCAGCGCGAGGGGCGGCGACUCAGACGUCGUUGCCAGCCCGGCGCCACCGGGGAGUCUCGCGAUGGCCGCCCCGGGCCAGUUCCUGAUCCAGCGGGUGGUGCGGAUGGCGGUGGACGUGUUCCGAUCCACGCCGCAGGGCACGGCCGCCUUCCGCGAGGGACUGUCGCAGCUCACCCAGCUGGUGCACCAGCUGACACCGCAGGACGUGGCCUUCGACCCCAACUGGGUGCGCGACCGGCGGCCCUUCACGCAGGACCGCAACAUCAUGCCGAUGACGUACGUGCGCCUCUGUGAGAACGAGUACAUCAGCAUCGGCAUCUUCAUCCUGAAGAACGGCUUCACGCUGCCGAUGCACGACCACCCGAACAUGCACGGCGUGCUGAAGGUGCUGCACGGCCAGCUGCAGAUGCAGUCGUUCACGCCGCGCCGCGCGCCCCAGAGCGGCAUCCUCAACGGCGGCGACUCGGCGGCGGCCACCGCCCAGUGGGACGUGCGCCAGACGCGGCUGGGCACCAUCUACCACACGGCCAAGGAGCUGCCGCGCUUCAUGGGCCCGGCCGACGGGCCGGCGCUGCUCACCCCGGAGAUGGGCAACAUCCACCAGAUCUGCGCCGUGGACGGGCCCGUGGCCUUCCUGGACAUCCUGGCGCCGCCCUAUGACGAGCACGAGCACAUUUACCACACGUUCCGCGAGCUGGACCCGGUGCGACUGCACCAGCUGACCAACGGCGAGCUCAGCUCCGAGGGCUGGCUGAUCCGCGUGCGCGACAACCCGUUCCCCUCUGACUCGGCCAAGUACCGCGGACCGCGUGUGGACGAUAUCGGCUGAGAGCCGGCCGCCGGCGGACGCUGCGCCGGGGUCGCCGCCGCGCGGGACGGCCCGGUGGCGGCGGCGGCCGCGGCCAGCGGCCUCAGUGGUGUCUGGUGGUGCUAACAGCGGGUGGCGCACAGUGUGACGGCGAGGGAACGGCGGCCACGCGACCGACGGCCCGCCUCCGGGCUUCCAGUGUAGCGGGCGGCCAGCGGGCCUGGUGCGUGAACCUGCCACUGCCGCGCAGCAGCGACUUGAGGGAGGGACUGAGCGGCGGCGGCGGCGGCGGCGGCGGCGGCGGCGCCCAGUGAUCCGCCGGGCCGGCUCCAGCCGGGCGCUGCCAGAGAGUGAACGCGUGCGAACGAGUGAGAGCGAGUGCGGAGUGAGAGUGAGAGUGAGAGUGAGCCGCGGGGGCGGACGGCGGCGACCGGGACCACGCCGCGGUCCCCCACUCAGCCAUGAUGAGGUUUUCUUAUGUCAUGGCGUGAUAUGAAUUAAUCCGAAUGUUGUCUUUUAGUGACGCCUUAGGGUGGUGAGUUCUAAUGUUAGCUCACUCUCUGCCGGCGGCGCGAACGGCCGCGCUCUCGGUGGAGGGUUGCUGCGGCCGCGGGAACGGCGCCGGUCGGCCGCACGGAGCUCUGUUUCCGGCGAACUCACCAGAGCUCACCCGGAGAGCAGUGCAAGUGCGCGCGUGUGUCGGGGAGUGCGGAGUGACUGCGGGGGCGGCGCCGGCCGGCCGGGCAGUGGACGGAGGGAGUGGCGGCGGACGGCAGGGGGCCGCCGCUGGCCGCCAGCGAGUGGCACGGCUCAACACCCCCAGUUGUUCGUCUAGUCACCCGAGCCGCUCGCACUCACACAGCUACACUCACACUCCUACACUCACAGCCACAGACAGAAUCACGUCGCAAACACAAAUACAGUCGUACACAGCGACACAUGACACCUGUACAGCGCAUACAACACCACACCACCACACUUUGUGCAUGCUUGAACAUGCACUUUUUAUGCCCACAGUUUUAGACCUGUUCAGUACUCACCUAACGAGACACUGACACACAACAUUUACGCACACGAACACAGAACACACGUACAAGAACACCGAAUGGCCCACGUCCACGUGUCGCGGCCCGGCCUCCCCUGAUCCGGCUGGUAGUGGACGCCCAGGUGCGCCGGGCGGCGCGGUCUCCUAUAGCGGCCUGCGCACUGACCCGCGCGCAGACCUGGGGAGCGGGCGGGCGGCCGGCGCGCCCCGGACCGACCUGGUGCAGCAAGUGCAUCUUCCUAUGCUUGGCCGCUUUGUAUGAAAUACAGUUACACAUGACAUUG